UCCGCCACCUAGCUCCGCACCGUACAGCAAUGAAGCAUCUUCCUUCUUGCUUUAUCAUUCAACUUGUUUCUCUUAUUAUUACUCUUACUAUGUCUUCGCUUCGUGUUCUAGCCGUCCACGACAGUCCCUUUUGGCGUGAACUCUUUUAUUUCAUGAUCAUGUCAGUUCUUGGUUUCCUUGGUCUCAAAAGCUUGAAGCCAAGAGUCUCUCUUCCUCCAAGUAACUUUGAUCUAUUUUUCACUUCUGUUUCUUCAGCCACUGUUUCGAGCAUGACAGUUGUAGAAAUGGAAGUUUUUUCUAAUUCACAACUCAUUCUCAUAACCUUCCUUAUGUUUCUUGGUGGUGAGGGUUUCGCUUCCAUGCUUGGGUUUUUAUUUUCUUCCGGCUUUAAUCUUCCCCAGAAACAAAGCCUCAAAAAUAGAGCAACAACUCACCAUAUUCCGCAUCAAGUUCCUAAUCCCAAUCAAAUUGAAAUCAGUUUAGUUUCUCUGAAAAAGCAGAAUGAACUGGGCGUGGAUGAUCUUAGUGACAGUAAUAUUGUUCAAGAUGAUAAGUUGAGUAGACUGAAGCGUAAGUCUGUUCGGUGUCUUGGGUUUGUGGUUUUGGGUUCCAUUAUGGUACUUCACUUUGUAGGUUCUGGUUUGGUCUCAACCUACGUAAGCAUCGUACCGAGUGCGAGACAAGUACUAAGAAAUAAAGGGAUCAGCAUACAAACAUUUUCUGUGUUCACCAUAGUUUCCACCAUCGCUUCUUGUGGUUUUGUCCCCACAAACGAGAACAUUAUUGUAUUUAAAAAGAAUUCAGGUCUUCUCUUGUUUAUUUUGCCAUAUGUUUAUCUUGGGAAUGCCUUGUAUGCGCCAUUCCUGAGGUUUGUGAUCUGGGUUCUGGAGAAAGUUAUGAAAAGAGAAGAGCUCACUUAUAUUCUGGAGAAUUAUAAGGAGAUGGGUUAUGGUCAUUUGCUUUCUGGUGCCCAUUGCUGGUUCUUGGUCGCUACAGUGUUCGGUUUGAAUCUGAUACAGUUGGUUCUGUUUGCCUGCAUGGAGUGGAAGUCGGAGAACAUGGAUGGUCUAAAUAGCUAUCAGAAAUUGAUUGCUUCUUUGUUCCAAGUUUCCAAUGCAAGACAUGCUGGCGAAUCCGUUUUCGAUCUCUCUGCGCUAUCUUCGGCCAUUUUGGUUCUCUUCGUUGUCAUGAUGUACCUCCCACCAUACACAACAUUUUUACCCAUAAGAGACCACGAAAAUGAAACAAAGAAAGGGAAAGCAAGGCUAAAGGAGUGUCUUUUGUUCUCUCAACUCUCUUGUUUAGUUAUCUUCAUUAUUCUGAUUUGCAUCACAGAAAGCAAGAGCAUGAGAGAAGAUCCCCUCAACUUUAAUGUGUUAAGCAUUACCCUAGAAGUUAUCAGUGCAUAUGGCAACGUGGGAUUCUCAAUGGGAUAUAGUUGCAAAAGGCAAUUGAAAGCAGAUACGAAUUGUAGAGAUUUGUGGAUUGGACUUUCAGGUAAAUGGAGUAACAAAGGAAAGUUCAUCCUUAUAGUGGUCAUGUUCUUUGGGAGGCUCAAGAAAUACAAUAUGAGAGAUGGUCAAGCAUGCGAUCUCUCUUAAGUUUGGAUUUAAAUCAUCUGAAUUUGACAUUGGUGAAUUUAUGUGAAGUUUUCUUUUUUAAGAAAUGAUAAAAUAAAGAAAACUUCACUCAAAUUCACCAAUUUCAACUUCAGGGAAUUUGAAUCUCUUAAAUUAAUUCCUAAUGUAUGAGUGUGUACGUGCACGCACGCAUGUGUAUGCAUCAAAAGCAAGUGUGUGCCUUUUUCCAUACAGUUUGAUUACAAAAGCCAAUGAAUUUAGUAAGCUCUGUUCGUAUGUAUGCGUGAAUUGUAAAAACCAUUAUAUAUAGUAAUCCAGUUAAGACUCCGAGAGCCGGGCACAUAAGUCA